AUGCAAGGCUAUUCAUUUGCGCCCCCAUCGGGGCCUCCCCGUGAGGGUCAAAAAAACUACGUCUUCGUCGACGAACAUAAUCGACACAAGAGACUAAAGGUAAUGCGGGCUUGCAAUGGCUGUCGGAAGAGAAAGAUCAAGUGUGAUGCAGCCACAACCAAUACAUGGCCUUGCUCCGCAUGCACGCGCCUCAAACUCGUCUGUGUUCCCCCAACUAUCGGACAGGACGGGGACUUUGGUCCGGACUCCCAAGGCAUUGAACUCGAUGCUUCAGAUCCUCCCGGUGUCCCCGAAGGUUCUCACCAUGCAUUUCCGGUGCCCCCGGCCUAUCGAGAUGGCAACCAGACCACCAUGGGAUCUAUGCCUCCCUACAACGGAAUGGGCAUGUAUCCCCAAUUUGUUCCGGCUCCCCCAAGUCAAACCGGGAUAUAUAAUGACUUGAGGUCGCCUCCGAUGGUCAUGCAACACCAGUCAUAUCAACAAACCCCAAUGUUUGCUGGGGCACAACCAUCUUCUCUAGGAACUGACCGCGGGGUGUUUGUCGAGAAUGAUGCUUCGACUGCGGAAAACCUCAGCGACGUUCUUGGAGAGCUGAAAAUUGACGAGACGGGCAUCGCCCCAUAUAUCAGGAGGCAAAGAACAGACCGCAUAGAGCCCGAUGCGCCUGUUCAAGACGACGUCGAGGAAAGACUCCCACCCCUUAGUACAGGCGCGGGUGCGACAAUUCGGAUUCCUCCCGAACUAAUGCCCGAAGACGACGACGUGAUGAAUUACUUCCAAAUAUACUUCAAUGAGAUACACCCCUAUGUGCCCGUUAUACCGCGGGCCCAUCUAUACUACCAAUGGCAGAACGAUCGAAGCUCCAUCUCCCCACUUCUUCUCGAGGCCUUGUUUGCAUGCGCCGGGCGAUUAUCUGACGAGCCUUCAGAAGGUGCUCAGUGGUUAGCACUUGCAAACAGGCACGAGACUAGCUUUAUGGAUGUCCCCCGAUUAAGUACCAUUCAAGCUCUUCUUCUCUUACUCAAAGCCAGAGAGUCUUUGCCGAAAAAGGGCUAUUACUAUCGGUCCUGGCAGACCGUCAAGACCAUUGUCUCGAUGGCCAAGGAUCUGGACAUUCAUGAGCACUACAGUACCCAUGCCGAAGGGAGACCGUGUGAUUUGAGCCCGAUUGAAUGCCUCGUGCACACCCGAGUAUGGCAGGCCCUUUUGGUGGUAGAGGUGAUGAUCGGGGCACCUCAAGGCCGCUCCGACUAUGGCGUAGACCCUGAAACUGUUGACAUGCGUCCGACCUUGGACAUCAGGGGUCUCGAUCAGUACGAGACAGAACGUUCUCGGCAGUAUGCCUACUUCGUUCGAAACGCACACCAUAUCCGCCUCAUUACAGACAUCUAUCAUAAGGUCAAGAAACAGAAGGAUUGGGGAGCCAAUCCUCAAUUUGUGCAGAAUAAUCCACUUUUUGCAGAUUGGCUUCGCAACCUGCCGGUCGACCUGCAGGUCAACUACCCGACUGACGGCUCUCCUCCAUGGAUCCCUUCCCAUUUCGUGGGCAACAUGCAUUCUCACUGUCAUCUUGCAAUCAUCCUCCUGCACCGUCCGCAGCUUUUGGCCUCUCAAUCCUUCGCAGCGGGGGGCGAAUGGAGAGUUCACUUCUCCCUGUGCUAUUCCUCGGCAAAGAAUAUUUGCCGGCUACAGGAAGCAAUCCUCGAAAGAUUCGGGCUGCCCGGUCUUCUUUUCAUGCAACGGGGAAUCAAUUUCGCCAUUUAUUGUAUCCUCACCUGCACUAUGCUUCAUUUGGUUGCAAUUACUUCUCCAGAUCCCGAAUUUAACUCCGAUGCUCGCGACUAUUUUACUCGCCACAUGCGCAUCCUAGAGCGAUGCUCUACAGCCUGGCCCAUGCCCGAGAUCCAGGCACAGAUCGAUUCAUUGAGGCUAGCUUUCUCCGCUGAUACCAGCCGUCGUUUUGAGCUGAAACCGAGUUUCCCAUAUGGGAGUCCCUCGGAGCCCUACCAGCCCAGUCCGCCCAUGGAUGCACAUUAUCAUCCACACCUGAAUCAAGUGUCAAACAAUGUCCAGUCCAGAGUGGGUUUCAACGCGCAUCCAAUUACUCCUCCGAUUUCCACUGGUGCUGAAGACUCGAAGUCCGACACAUCCUCUCAGUUGCAAUCCCUUGGCAUGGUGCCCCAUCAACCACCUACCACCCACCCUCUGGACGCUCCAUUGGUUGAUGAAAGCAGUUGGGACCCGACCCGCAUUAUCAAUCAAUGGGACAUGGCAUUCUCCGUGAACCCCUCUACUGUCUCCGCCAAUUCGCCCCCGAUGCCGAUGAACAACACCCCACAACCCAUGUCGAACAUGGUGAAUCAUCAGUACCCAAUUCAAUACGAGUCUCCCUCCAAGGUGACGGUCCCGCCGACCCAAUCUGUAUCACCACCACAGUUCCAGACGCCACAAGUCGUGUUUAGUGCUCGAGAUUGGCAGCAGAGUGUGGCGAGUGUGUAUGAUCCACAGGGGUUGAAACGACGAUGGAACUACUCAGUGGACCUCGGUUCUGACAACGUUGUCAAGCGACAACGAUGA